ACAAAAAAUGUCAGCUGUGAGACGUCAUAGGACUUUUCAACGUUUUCUUGCUAUUUCAAAGGUUACUGAAAGUACUUCAUUUUGCAAAUUCUAUGCAACCUUAUCAGAUGAACAGAAAAAGAAAUUAACUGAUGGGUUAGUAAAUAAAAGACCUUCAAGUGAUACAGGAAACAUCAGAAGGAAAAAGGGAGAGAGAUUAAGACUUCCUAAAUGGUUAAAAACAGAUGUUGCCAUGGGAAAAGAUUAUCACAGACUGAAGGAAAACCUGAGAGAUCUGAAACUUCAUACAGUUUGUGAGGAGGCAAAAUGUCCAAACAUUGGGGAAUGCUGGGGUGGAGCAAAGGGGACAGCUACAGCCACUAUCAUGGUCCUUGGUGACACGUGCACAAGAGGCUGCAGGUUUUGUUCAGUGAAGACGGCCAGGAACCCCCCUCCCCCUGAUCCUCUGGAACCUGUCAACACAGCCAAAGCCAUCACAUCCUGGGGGUUAGAUUAUGUAGUGCUGACCUCAGUGGACAGGGAUGAUCUCCCUGAUGGUGGAGCUGCACACUUUGCUGAAACUGUGAGGGAAAUCAAAAAAGGAAAGUCAGAAAUCCUAGUGGAGUGCUUGACCCCUGACUUUCGUGGUGACCUGGGCUGUGUAGCCACCGUGGCAGAUUCAGGGUUAGAUGUCUACGCCCACAAUGUGGAGACAGUGGAGGACCUUCAGUGGUUGGUCAGAGAUCCAAGAGCCAAUUAUAAACAGUCCCUAAGUGUACUCAAGUUUGUGAAGUCACAUAAACCUGAUCUUGUUACUAAGACCUCCAUAAUGCUAGGACUGGGGGAGACUGAUGACCAGAUUAUGAGAGUCCUGGAGGAUUUAAGGAAGAUAGAUGUUGAUUGUGUGACCUUGGGACAGUACAUGCAGCCCACAAAGCGGCAUCUGAAGGUCAAAGAGUACGUCCAUCCUGACAAGUAUAAGUACUGGGAGGAGGUGGGCAAUAAACUGGGCUUUGCUUACACAGCAAGUGGGCCGCUGGUCAGAUCCUCAUAUAAAGCAGGGGAGUUUUACCUGAAAAAUCUACUGAAAUCAAGAAAAGAACUCUCUAUAUCUGCUGAGAUGGUGACAUAAGCAUUAAUUUUUACUUCAAUUUGUUUUUAUCAAGUGUAAUAUUUAUUGUCAAGGGACAUAACCCUUACUUGUGCAAGAUGAAUGGAAAUUUAUGUGUCAUUUGAGAAAAAUCGGAUUCAUUUAAAAAUAACUGGUAAAGGUGCACAUUUAAAGUAUUAUUGUUAUUGUGACAGAAAGAAUCUCUCUUAAUUUAUCUGUUAAGUGUCAGAAUAAACCAAUUGUUUAACCAAAUAUUUUAACAUGUAGAGAUUUAUAUGUUAAUUGUUGAUUUACUACCUGAAAACAUUUUAGUUUGAAAAUAAACACUAAAAAUCUCA